GGAGGCGAAUAGGCGAUGAUUCCGGACUUGCGGUGCUCGUCGCGAGAACUUUCCAGAGCAUUCGCCCUCGUCCAUCGUCUACAACUGAACGAUCCGAGCCAAGCAGCGCGUCUGUUCUCUUCCUCUCCGAAGCUGCCAUCCUUCGCGCGAAUUAGCCGCUCAGCGAUCGGGAUUCAAGACUACAGUCUGCAGAGUUGCGAUCCCAUGAUGGGCGCAGCGAGGUUUCUGGUGCAGAGUGCAACCAAAACCAAGGAAAUCAAACCUGUCAAUGGACUAGCAAGGAUGAUGACAAUUACUACUCCUCAGAGGCAUGGGAACGAAAAUACUUCCAGUGAAUCUGUCGUCACGAAAGACGAAAACGUUGAGCCCCUGGUUGCCUUUAGCAGGCCACCUCCUUUGCCUCCGGUUCUUGGUCCCUUGGUUGUGCUCUCGUUUUUCGAGAUGUCAUCCGGUGAUGAAGACAGCAAAUGAGUCAGGCAAUACAAAUAGCUUAUUGUUGUCUGUUUAGUUUGCACCAUCCCCUGUGGACAUAAGGCUCGUAUAAUCGCAUGAGGGGGCUGAUCCUUCAUCAGGAGAUGGAGAUCUAGGCCUUGUACAAACUAUGUUGCACUUACUUACUGUAUCAACUAGUGACUGAACUGGUGACUACUCACUUCGUUCCAAAUUAUAAAGCGUUUUAGUUUUCGUUCCAAAUUAUAAAGUGUUUUGGUUUACUAGAUACAUAGAUUUUGAUAUAUACUUAGAUAUAUACUAUGUCUAGAGGACUCCGUUCGCUUGUCUUACAAGCUGUAUUUUUUCUAUCAGCCAACAUUUUUUUUCAUAAUAAAUCAGCGAACAAUAUGAUCU